AUCCGAGAAGGACCAUAGUCAUGGCAGCAUUAAAUGUUGCCUUGAUGAGUAAUAGACAUAAUGAAGGUUGCAUUAAUGAAGUGUGGAAAAAUUCUUCAUCCUCUGACACAUGGUAAUUAUUCUUUGCAAUAAUACUUGCAAGUUACAUCAUUUGCCAUCUUAUAUAAAUCGGUACAUGCACUUUCUUUCACCAUAAACAUCACCAUCAUAUAUCCUAAUCAUCCCUUCACAAACCCCACAUAAUCCCUUCACACACCCCACAUACUAUUUCCUCUGCCACUCCAAUUCCACGUCGAACAGAGGAGUCGAGGAAGGAGAAUUUCGCACAAUCGUACAAUCAAACGAAGGAGGAUUUUUAGUGCUGCUGAUGUGACAGUGGCUGGGCUAUGGCUGGGCUAUUCCUAUUGUGGAUGGCCUUAUAGAAGUAAAAUAAAAAAAACCCUUCUCACUCAUCGUAUGAAAUAUUCAGCACCGCGUGAAGUGGGGCCCAGUCGAAAAACUUGAGCAAAAAAUGCAGAAUCAGAGAUUGAAGCAGCAACAGCAUCAGGCGCUGAUGCAACAAGCGCUUCUUCAGCAGCAGUCGCUCUACCAUCCCGGCCUCUUAGCUGCUCCUCAGAUUGAGCCAAUUCCUAGUGGAAAUCUGCCUCCUGGGUUUGACCCAAGCACAUGCCGCAGUGUGUAUGUUGGUAACAUUCACACGCAGGUGACAGAACCACUUCUUCAAGAAGUUUUUGCAAGUACUGGUCCGGUUGAGAGCUGUAAGCUUGUUAGAAAGGAAAAGUCAUCCUACGGAUUCAUUCAUUACUUUGAUCGUAGAUGUGCUUCUCUUGCAAUAUUGACUCUCAAUGGGAGGCACUUGUUUGGGCAGCCUAUAAAAGUUAACUGGGCAUAUGCUAGUGGUCAGAGGGAAGACACGUCAAGUCACUAUAACAUUUUUGUUGGUGAUCUCAGCCCUGAGGUUACUGACGCCAUGUUGUAUGCAUGCUUUUCUGUUUAUCCUAGCUGUUCUGAUGCAAGGGUUAUGUGGGACCAAAAGACUGGCCGUUCCAGGGGAUUUGGAUUCGUCUCUUUCCGCAACCAACAUGAAGCUCAGAGCGCAAUAAAUGAUUUAACUGGAAAAUGGCUUGGUAGCAGGCAGAUACGUUGUAACUGGGCCACAAAGGGUGCUGGUACCACCGAUGAAAAGCAGAACUCAGAUGCUAAAAGUGUCGUGGAACUAACAAACGGCUCGUCUGAAGAGGUUAAGGAGGCAGCAAGCACUGAUACUCCUGAGAAUAAUCCUCAAUACACCACUGUGUAUGUUGGUAAUCUUGCUCCAGAAGUAAGCCAGGUUGACCUCCACCGCCACUUCCAUGCACUUGGUGUGGGAUCAAUUGAAGAAGUUAGGGUGCAGCGUGAUAAAGGAUUUGGCUUUGUGAGGUACAGCACCCAUGCAGAGGCUGCUAUGGCCAUUCAAUUGGGAAAUGCUCAGUCAUAUCUCUAUAGCAAACAAAUUAAGUGUUCGUGGGGUAACAAACCAACUCCACCUGGAACUAGCUCAAACCCACUCCUUCCACCUGGACCUGCACCACUGCACGGCCUAUCUGCUGCCGACCUUUUAGCGUAUGAGCGGCAAAUUGCAAUUAGCAAGAUGGGCGGCAUCCCUGCCCUCAUGCCUCACCAGGGGCAACACGCACUGAAGCCAGCAACGAUGGGAAUGGGUGCAGGUGCUAGUCAAGCCAUCUAUGAUGGUGGUUAUCAGAAUGUAGCUGGCGCCCAGCAGCUUAUGUACUACCAGUAAUCUAUUGAGCUUUGAUACGCGUAAUGUAGGAUGUUCCGGCCUGUGGCACCCCUUGUUCGAGUUAUUAACAUUGUCUAGGAUGUUUGUAUAAUCUGGUUGGGUGUCUUCCCAAUUUCAUUUGUGCUGUGACCUUGAAUCUUGUGCUAUGUAUGUUUGGAUUCUUCUACGAUUGAACUGUGUUGCAUGUUUGAAAA